ACAAGAAGGAAAAGACACAUGAGCUGUCCUGCUCAACAGUUGCAGAAGAACUUGAGCCAGUUUCGCGUGUUCUGCGGGGAGAUGACAUCCAGGCACUCGCAAUCAAGGUGGAGGACCUGGAGAAACUGCAUGCUCCACACCCUCCCCGUGAUGCUGGGAGAAUUCCAGUUAGGAGGGAACGCCGACCCAAAGAGCCAAAACGUCUCCUUGUGGCGUGUCCUGCUUUCCCAAAGGCACCCAGGGGACCACUGACUUUUUCUGGUAGGGUUAAACUUCACAUCUUGUAUUUGGGACCAGGACCUUUUGGUGAAGGCUGUGAAAAGAUUCUCCCCCAUCACAUUUUGGGAAGUCUUCAGGAGUUCAAGCUGGAAGCCUUGGCCAGAGGAAACACUCAGGUUGCAGAUCGUAUUGAGGCUUCUCCUCCAGAUGUCACUGCAGCAGCCUUAAAAGAAGAACGUGGAGGAGAGAAGAAGAAAAGGGGUCAGCAGACCCCUCUAGUGGAGCACAAAGCUGAGCACAAAGCUCUCCAGAACUGGUACCGUAACAUGACAAUCAGGAAAAAGCAGGAGAAAUAUCUAGGAGAAAUUCUUCAGAGGCCAGAAAAUGAAUUGCUGAUGAAUGUCUCAGAGGAUUACAGGCAAAUCCAGGAGGAACGUGACCUCAUUGACCGCAGUCUCCCUGCCCUGCUUCCUGGAAAGGGUUACAGAAGAGGGAGCGAGUUCUGGAGCCAGCCCGAGCGUGUUGGAGAUGAACUCACCGGCCUGACAGUGACACUGACCCGGAGAGAACGUGGCUGCCCAGAGCCUGUCACUCGUGUGGGGAAACCCUGCACCAUCCGGGCCGAGACGGGUCUGAAGCCUCCAAAGAAGAUCCCUUUCCAUCUAACCUGGGAUAAGAGUCUUUUCCUGAAACAUCGACGGCAGGAGCUAAGAUCUGUCCUGGAGGAGCUAGAAUUUUAUAAGCCGGAUCUGGAUGGCCUGGAGGUGAUUGGUAAAGGGCAGCCUUUCACCUCUGUCUCAGCAGAGUCUUUUCCAGGUUCCACCACUUCUGAAGAGUUGCAGACCCA